AAACCACAUCUGCCAAUGAUGGAGGUUGUCGACGAAGUGGAUGGCCUAAUCAAAAUAGGACCUAAGUCUGCAUCUAACCACAUCAAUAAAAACUUAAAGACUUCUCCUCAAUGGGCACAAAGACAAGUUAUGCUUCUUUUGCAUCGCUUGCUAGACAAAACUGAUGAUAACAACACCAUUUGUUGGUGUCGUUCGUUGUUGUCUGCAGGAAAUUCGUUCGACGAUUUUAGGCGUGAAGUGCUUGAGUACGACGACGCAUCGAGUUGUGGGCUAGUUUGGACAGCAAACUUUGUGGCCUACAGAUGUCGAACGUGUGGUGUAACUCCUUGUAUGUCAGUUUGUUCAGAUUGUUUUCAUAACAGUGAUCACAAAGGCCAUGACUUCAACAUGUUCCGUAGCCAUGCAGGAGGGGCCUGUGACUGUGGUGACAGUCAUGCUAUGCGCAGUACUGGAUUUUGUACCAAACAUGGCCCAGGAAAAAGACAAGUACAGAAGCCUCCCCCUCAUCUGCUUGGAUUGGCCGAGCUGGUUGUCCCCAGGCUUAUCUAUCAUCUUGUUCUGCGAUUACGGAAGCUUUAUCAGAAAGAAAAGACAGGUACUUACAAGCUAACACAAGCCAUGGAACUGAAAAUUGAGCAAAUUGUAAAUCUGCUUGAUGAUCUCAGUAAAAUGGGAGGAGCUAUGAAGACAGUACUCUGUCAAUCAUUAUGCAGCCCUGAACUCUACAAAACUCUCACUGAAGAUGAGUUGAUAUUGCUUCCUGACGAUGAUAAAAAGACAUAUAAGGAGUUGUCUAACGAGGAGUACAAAACCGCCCUGUGUACCCUACCGACACCAUCAAUUCCUGACGUUUUACAAGAUUGCCCUGGAUUAUCACAAUCAUUGGUCCACAAGACUUUCCUUCAAGAGGUCAUGUUUUGGAUGGUGAAGUACGAGUUUCCUCAGAAGAUUAAUACAUUCCUUCUCAGCCUACUUACAAAUGCCAGGUACAAGGAACUGUUUACGGAUGCAUUUGUUAUGCAUUAUUCACGUAUUUGCAUGGCCUUGGCUCGUUCUCCGGAAGUGAUCCCAGACAGAGUGGUCCACAUCAGUGUUCAGAUACUGAGUAAUGAGGUGUUGGCUAGCCACGUGGUUACAGAUCUUCAGUUCUUUCACGUAAUGAUUCUCUCAAUUCAAGAGAUGAUACGCGGUUCUCUGACAGACAGCAAAAUUAAAGAUGAAAGAGGUACAAACAUUAACUUUCACCAAGUUGUGUCUUGUUCCAAUCCAGUUAUCAGAAACCAUUGUUAUUGGCCAAUUAUAAGUGACAUUACUAAUUUGAUGUCACAUAAAAGCUGUGUGGAAGUGUUUUUUAGAAGCCCUGACCUUAUUAGAAUGUGGACAUCGUUAUUGCUCACCCUCACAGGUAUGAACCUUAAUGAAAGAGAACGUGAUGAGCAUCUGGAGUUUGAGCCACACUACAAUGCAGCGUUCAUUGCUGAGGUUGAGGCUUGUGCUGCCCCCAUGUGGCAGCUUGUUAGUCAUUGUCAAACAGAGGAGGGUGUAGAAUUCUCUAAGGUUAUGAUUGCUGUUUGUAUGGAAGAAAUACAGGAUCUAUUUGAUGCCCUCAACUUAAACAGUGCCCUUUCUUCUAUGCAAUUUUCUUUCCAUCUUCCCCUCUUAAGGCACUUGGCUAUUUUUACUAGCUGUGCUGUGAAUAAACAAUUACAUCAACUGGAUCCACUUCUUCCUAAAACCAAUGGGUAUGCUUUGCAGCUUAUGAUUUUUCCUCUGCAAAUACAGGUGUGUUUGUACGAGAUAUUUGCUGGUAUGUGGGUAAGGAAUGGUCUUCAAAUCAGGGCCCAAGCCAUGACUUACAACCAGUGCCAUUUUUGCUCUUCAAUGUUGGAUCUAGAUAUCUUUAUGCUGCAGUUAUGUGCUUGUAAAUUAUCAUCAGAUUUGGUAGUUUCCUCUAUUUUAGAAAGGUAUCAUGUGUUGGACUUCUUAUCACUGAAUCCCAAACACAGUAAUUCAUUCCUGGACAAGGAUGGGCAGGAGAUGGUGAUGCUAGAGGGUGCACUUUACUUAAUACUUUCACUGAUCAGCACAAGAAUACAUUUAGGCAUUUCAAACUAUGAUUUACUAAGAGGAGAGAUUGUGUCAAUGCUCUGUAUGAGAGAUAAGACCCACAGUCAACUUCUUGAUCAGAUUCCUGAGAGGGCUGAAGUGAUGAAUAUUUCUGAGAUGUUUGAAGACAUCCUAAAUGAGGUGGCUGAUUUUAAAGACCCAACACAUGUUUCUGAUGGUAAUUUUAGACAGGGUCAGUAUGUACUGAAACCAGAGCUAUGGACUUCAGAUUUUGAUCCAAUUAUGGUACAAAUGCGUUCAAUGCAAAGAAAGGAUUACCAAGCAUCGCUGGACAACUACACAGCUGCAAUGAAGCAAACUGGUAGACACACUGGUGGAGAUGUGCUUUGGCCACCAUACCAACCACUGAAAGAGAUCAACCCAGAAUUCAACGCUGUCAGGCAACUGCUGCAUUCCAGGACAUUGCAUGCAGCUUUAUUUCUUAUUCUGUAUAAGGCAGUAAGUGGAACUGAAAUAAGUGAGCCGGUGUUGUAUCAAACUGUUGCACUUAUAUCUCUGGCUUUGCAGUGUGAACCCAAUUCAGAUACUCAUAUGGAAGUUGCCGAGUGCUGCAAUGACAUGGAGCUUUCUGAUUGGUUCCCGUACAACAACAUGUUGAAGAAUUUACCAUACGUCAUCAGAACAGUUAAAUUGCAAGAGAAGAUGGAAAAAAAAUCAAAUAACCCAUUUAGGACAUUAUUGCAGGAUAUCCAUCCGGCAAAUCCAGAAGAAUUUCAUGAGGAUGAAGUAGACAUUUUGGAUAAUGAUAACAUUGCUCCAGAGAAUAAUGACUUUAAUGUGGAGAUGGAGGAACAUGAUGAUAUAGAUGAUGAUGAUGACGAGGAUGAAGAGGAGGAAUUCUUUGAUGCCAUUCAAACUGCUAUGGAUCUCAUUCAAAUGACUGGUGUGAUAGAAAUUCCUCCAUUUGCCAUGAUGACCUCUGAGGAGAAGAAGCCCCCAGUGCCUACUGAUCCUCCUUCUGAAAACAUGGAGAAUAUCCCCAUUGAAUUGAAUGAAAGUAUUUUAACUUUACUUCUGAAAUUGUACUUAAAAUUAUCGAACGAAAAAGUUUAUCUUCCAUCAUCUGUAAGUCAAGAAGUGAGGGCUGGUCAUACAAUACCAGUUCCAAUGUUCGGCUCUGGGCCUUACUACAUAGCCAAAGUUUUGGACAGAAUAGCAGAACUAAGCAGAGACUGUACUGACAUUAUAAUGAACGUUUACGAGGAACACCAUCCAAAGAAAAGACAAGAAGAGACUGAUAUAGACGCUGUCAGUGAAAGAAAGAGGAAAGCCAUAGAAAGGCAGAAACAUUUACUGGCAAGGUUUGCAUCACAGCAAAAGCAAUUCUUGGAAGAGAACCCUCAGAUAGGAGUUGAUGAUUCCAGAAAAGAUGGCUCUGUUGCUAUGGAAACGGAAUCAUUUAACUCAUCAGUUACCAUGCAGGAGAUUGAGUGUGUAAUAUGUACGCAAACUAUCCCAGCAUCUGAUGAGAAUCCUCUAGGAGCUGUGGUACUUAUACAACCUACUAAGGUUUUAGGUCAUAGAUAUGUUACAGAAGAUGGUACAGAUAGCCAAGCAAUGCAAUCAAGUGAGAUUAUAGUAAAACCAACAAGAACUUGUAGUGUAAUCAACGAAGAGAGGAGGAACAUUUUAUGCAAACAGUUUUCAAAUCAUAGAAGCCAGGAUUCAUCAGCCUUUGAGGUUGCUUUGGGAUAUUCACCAUCUGAUGUCCAUGUACAGACAUGUGGUCAUUUUCUUCACCUGCAGUGCUAUUCAAAUUAUGUUACAUCUCUGAGAAUAGGUAGACAUAAUCUAAGGGCUGGAGAAUACCUUUGCCCCCUAUGCCGUCAGCUUGCCAACUCAUUCCUGCCCUGCCUAAGACAACACCUUCAGGAUAACCCCGAUGGAAGCCCGGUGGACAGAAGAGACUUGAAUGAUCAAAGCAUUCGAGAAGAAAUUGAAGAGGGCUUACGAAAAGACUUCACAGUUGUUAAUCGACCAGAUUCAGUAGAAAAGUUUGUAGAGCAGAUCCUUAGAGCAAAGGCAUUUGAAUUCAACGGGGUCAUCUCUCUUAUAAAAAUGGCAAGAACCAACUUGGAGCUUGAUCUUAUUAAUAGAAAUGGAAGUCUUCUAGGUAUGCAACCAUGCCCAGUACCAAAGCGAACGUGUAUUGGUAUGCUGGUGCAUUGCAUCCGAGUAUAUCACCAAAGCACACUAUGGGACGAAGUUCAACAGUUGUGGGCUCAACUAUUGAAAGGAACACCAGAUGGAUCAGGAACUCCACCAUCUCUGCUCAGAAAUCCUAUCAACCUUCUCCUACAACUUAUUGUCUCCAUCAGACUACCUCUAUCAGUAGAUCGUUUUCGGUACAUAGUGAAAGUAUUGUGGCGGUUGACUUACACCCAAGUAUUAACUGCUCUAAGUUGUAGGCUCACACAGGAAGAAAAACAGGCAUGGAAAGAGAAACCACAGAAACAGAUUGGAACCUCUCAAAGAUGUCUUAUACCCGAUUCACACGUGAAGUUAAAUUUAACAAAAAGUAGCAAAUUGUAACCGAGCGAUCUCCCG